AACGAUAUUUCUCGCUUUCUACCCAAGCUAGGUGUUAAGUAUCGUCUGGACAGAUACAGGCUCAAAUACGGAGAUUCCUUCCCCCCCUCAAGUGAGUAAAAGUUAUAAAAAUUGUCGCAAUAAAUUGACUACGUCGAUAGACAUAGCAGUAACUCUUUUGUGAUUUCACGAUGAAUAUUUGUGGGCAAUGGUUUUAGAUCCUUGUGUUUUCAUGAUAAUUAAGCCAAUGAAACCUCUAGAAGCAUCAUCUUAGUACAUAGCUUUUAAUAACUGACAUUAUUAUGGUUUACUACCGCAGAUGUACUCGAACAGGUACUAGACGACGUCGAGAAUACCGAAUGCAUGGUCAAUCAAGUUCUUUACAAAUCCUUUACAAAGCAGCAAGGUUCUGAUAAAGCCCUUCUUCCCGUGGGUCAAGAGGUACUUAAAACAAUGAUAUGUGGGGGGGAAGUAUAGCUACAUCGUUUCAGUAGAGGGAGCCUUUUUAUGCUCUACAGUUAUAUCUAGAUGAAACUGCAUAAAUGAGUGUUCCCAGGGAGAAAAUUGUCGAUAUUUUUCUCAUUUUGAAGAGCGCAAUUGGAGAGCGCUGAUAUGCCUAGAAUCAUGCCGAAGGCUAAAGCCCAGGUCGGGCCAAAGCUAGAUCUUUAACCCUUUGGUGUCGGAUUGGAUCAAUUUUGUUACAAAUGGAACGAUGCACAGUGUGCAUUUCUGGACUCGUUAAUUCAUGCUUUAUGCAGCGAAUUCAGCGAAUCUAAUUUUCACCCAUUCCCUUGCUAAUUGGCGAAAAACUAGUCCAAAAAGCUUUUUUUUUCGCUUAAUUUAAAAAAAGCCGUUGCCAAAAGGCCUAAGAAACUGAGGUGAAAGUGCAGCCAAACUAGUCUUGGCAAUGACAUUUUUUAAAUAGUCAGGCUCUCUACUCUUUUCGGGUAAAGACGUUAAAAUGCAGGCCCUAACGUUGUGGAACGUCAGCCCACGUAUUGUUGUAAGGAGCUGGGAGCGUAGUAUCCGGUGUGGUAGGCUAUCUUUGCCAGCAUUUGGUUGGCCUGGCUGGAUUAGCUUCGAGGGCUUCUAAGAGAAUAGGACCAGAACACACAUACAGUCAGAAAUCAACUUAUUUGACUGGUGCCGGAGCCCUUACUCAGGAAACUUAACGUAAAUUUACCAUGACUGCUGCAACUUUCUAGACUGAAAUGUAACCUAAUACUUUGUUAUUUACUUACUGUCAUAAUCAAAUAAAACACAGGAGUUUAAGAGAAUGGCGUUUUCGUUGCCUUUGCAGGCGUGGGAAGCCCAUGAAGCCAUACUGGUAGACGGUUACCUUAUAACACGUCAGCCAUAUGUAAGCAAUGUCAAUCGGUGUAGUGUUAGACACAGGAAACCCUUUUCCCGCAGAUUUCCACAUUUUGAGGUAAGAAAUUAACCAUUUCCAUAAUGACGUAAUUUUUAUACAGCCAAGAAAGUGAUUUAAGGGCCUCUUUAUAAAAUAAAAUCUCACACUUUAAUUUUAUCACGUUUACAUGAUGGAUGGGGUGAUCCGCCAUUGAGGGUUGCCCGGUCUGAUUGACCUACAUCAACGAUGAAAUGUUGCUCAGAAACAAAAUAAUUUCUUUUCAAGGUGAUGAUUCUGGAAAGCGGGGAGACACGAUGGCUGGGAAUGGGAGUGGUGUUUGGUGAUUACGGCACGGAGAUGAUGCCUGGAUGGAGGAAAGGAACAGUUGGAUAUCACACAGAUGACAGGAAAAUUUAUGAUAGACAAGAAAGAAAUAACGGAAGAAAGACUAUAGGUUUGCAAACUGGAGUUCUGAUCAACGAAGGCUUAGUGUUACACUGGAAAAUGCCUUUGGCUGCAUGA